AUGUUUAUGGAAGAAGGAUCGCCGAUCGCAGCAGGAAACACUGUCCCAUAUCUUUUUACCCCCACCCUCUCCUCAACUGCUCCACUGUAUCCUCCUUUGCUGAUGAACCAAUCCAUGCAAAGCCCUCAAAUUGCUUCAGAUAUGGACUGGGCUACUAUCCUCUCCAGUACUGCCGUUAACUGCGAACAAAAACCAACCUCUCCCUGUUUAUCUAUGACAUCUAGGAACGCCAGGGAAGGAGAUAACCUUGAUAAAAACAAAGUGAAACCUGGUAAAACCAAAAAAUCUGUUCCACCAAGAAUUGCCUUUCAUACUAGGAGUACUGAGGAUAUUCUUGACGAUGGAUACAAGUGGAGAAAAUAUGGGCAGAAAGCCGUGAAGAAUUGUGCCCACCCGAGGAGCUACUACCGCUGCACACAUCACACAUGCAAUGUGAAGAAACAAAUCCAGCGACUUUCAAAGGACACAAGCAUUGUGGUGACAACGUAUGAGGGCAUUCACAACCAUCCUUGUGAGAAAUUAAUGGAGACUUUGAGUCCACUUCUGAAGCAACUUCAGUUUCUUUCCAGAUUCUGA